UGUAUUUUAUCUCUGCUUUCCGCAGGUAUUGGGAUAGAGGUAACCGCAGCCUCUGCAAACAUGUCGGUUCUGAUAUCACAGAGUGUGAUCAAUUAUGUGGAGGAGGAAAACAUCCCGGCCCUGAAGGCGCUUCUGGAGAAAUGCAAAGACGUGGACGAGAGAAACGAGUGCGGCCAGACCCCGCUGAUGAUAGCCGCCGAGCAGGGCAACCUGGAGAUCGUGAAGGAGCUGAUCAAGAAUGGAGCCAACUGCAACCUGGAAGACUUGGAUAACUGGACAGCGCUUAUAUCGGCCUCCAAAGAAGGGCACCUGCACGUGGUGGAGGAGCUGCUGAAGUGCGGGGGGAACCUGGAGCACCGCGACAUGGGAGGAUGGACAGCUCUGAUGUGGGCGUGUUAUAAAGGCCGGACCGACGUGGUCGAGUUGCUGCUCUCGCAUGGAGCCAAUCCCAACGUCACUGGUCUGCAGUACAGUGUCUACCCCAUCAUCUGGGCAGCAGGCAGAGGCCACGCAGACAUAGUGCAGCUGCUGCUGCAGAACGGCGCCAAGGUCAACUGCUCCGACAAGUACGGAACCACCCCUCUGGUGUGGGCGGCGCGAAAGGGUCACCUGGACUGUGUGAGGCACCUCCUGGCCAUGGGCGCCGACGUGGACCAAGAAGGCGCCAAUUCAAUGACUGCACUUAUCGUGGCUGUAAAAGGAGGCUACACACAGUCAGUAAAAGAAAUCUUGAAGAGGAAUCCAAAUGUGAACUUGACAGACAAGGAUGGCAACACGGCGCUGAUGAUCGCGUCCAAGGAGGGGCACACGGAGAUCGUGCAGGAUCUGCUGGAUGCCGGCACCUACGUGAACAUCCCCGACAGGAGUGGGGACACCGUGCUGAUCGGCGCCGUCAGAGGCGGCCACGUGGAAAUCGUCCGCGCGCUGCUCCAGAAGUACGCGGACAUCGACAUUCGAGGGCAGGACAAUAAAACUGCUCUGUACUGGGCUGUUGAGAAAGGGAACGCGACCAUGGUGAGAGACAUCUUACAGUGCAACCCCGACACGGAAAUAUGCACAAAGGACGGCGAGACGCCGCUGAUAAAGGCGACCAAGAUGCGGAACAUCGAGGUGGUAGAGCUGCUGCUGGACAAAGGGGCAAAAGUGUCUGCCGUGGACAGGAAAGGAGACACCCCUCUGCACAUCGCCAUCCGCGGGAGGAGCCGGAAGCUGGCGGAGCUGCUCCUGAGGAACCCCAAGGACGGCCGGCUGCUGUACCGGCCCAACAAGGCGGGCGAGACGCCCUACAACAUCGACUGCAGCCACCAGAAGAGCAUCUUGACUCAGAUAUUCGGAGCCAGACACUUGUCGCCCACGGAAACGGACGGCGACAUGCUGGGCUACGACCUGUACAGCAGCGCCCUGGCGGACAUCCUCAGCGAGCCGACCAUGCAGCCGCCCAUCUGCGUGGGGCUGUACGCGCAGUGGGGCAGCGGCAAGUCCUUCCUCCUCAAGAAGCUGGAGGAUGAAAUGAAGACCUUCGCGGGGCAGCAGACCGAGCCUCUCUUCCAGUUCUCCUGGCUGGUCGUGUUCCUGACGCUGCUGCUCUGCGGGGGCCUGGGCCUGCUGGUCGCCUUCACGGUUGACCUGACCCUCGGAGUAGCCGUGUCGCUGAGCUGCCUGGCGCUCCUGUACAUAUUCUUCACCGUCAUUUACUUCGGUGGCCGGAGGGAAGGAGAGAGCUGGAACUGGGCCUGGGUGCUGAGCACCAGGCUGGCCAGGCACAUCGGGUACUUGGAGCUGCUCCUCAAGCUGAUGUUUGUGAACCCGCCCGAGCUGCCCGAGCAGACCACGAAGGCUUUGCCCGUGAGGUUCCUGUUCACGGAUUACAACCGCCUGUCCAGCGUCGGCGGGGAGACGUCCAUGGCCGAGAUGAUCGCCACCCUCUCGGACGCCUGCGAGCGCGAGUUUGGCUUCUUGGCCACCAGGCUCUUCCGAGUGUUCAAGACGGAAGACUCGCAGGGUAGGGCCUGCUCCCUGCUGGUGCUGUGUGUGUAUGUGUGUGUGUAUGUGAGUGUGAGAGUGUGUGUGUGCGCGCUCGCUAGGGGCUGGCGGACGCCGCUCUCGGGCGCCUGGGGCCCUGCCCUCGGAGCUGGAGGAAGGUGCUUGCGGGGCGCCUGGGCCCUGCCCUCGGGGCUGGAGGACGGUGCUUGCGGGGCACCUGGGGCGCUGCCCUCGGGGCUGGAGGAAGGCUCCGAAUGCGCCGCCCCCAGUGCGUCUGUCUCUCUCUCGCGCGCGCAGGUUCUCAAGUGCGAGGUGGAGCUGAUGGCCAGGAUGGCCAAGACCAUCGACAGCUUCACGCAGAACCAGACGCGGCUGGUGGUCAUCAUCGACGGGCUGGACGCCUGCGAGCAGGACAAAGUGCUGCAGAUGCUGGACACGGUCCGAGUGCUGUUUUCCAAAGGGCCGUUCAUCGCCAUCUUCGCGAGCGACCCGCACAUCAUCAUCAAGGCCAUCAACCAGAACCUCAACAGCGUGCUGCGCGACUCCAACAUCAACGGCCACGACUACAUGCGCAACAUCGUGCACCUGCCCGUGUUCCUCAACAGCCGCGGGCUGAGCAGCGCCAAGAAGUACCUCGUCACUUCCACCACCAACGGGGACAUCCCCUGCCCGGACGCCGCAGGGACACAGGAUGACGCCGACAGAAGAGUCUCACAGAUCAGCCUUGGAGACAUGGCGAAGCUUGGCAGCAGGACAGCCCUCAACAGACGGGACACUUACCGCAGGAGGCAGAUGCAGCGGACCAUCACGCGGCAGAUGUCCUUCGACCUGACGAAGCUGCUGGUGACGGAGGACUGGUUCAGUGACAUCAGUCCUCAGACCAUGCGGAGGCUCCUCAACAUUGUUUCUGUGACAGGGCGGCUGCUGAGAGCCAAUCAGAUUAGUUUUAACUGGGACCGCCUUGCCAGCUGGAUCAACCUCACAGAGCAGUGGCCGUACCGCACGUCCUGGCUCAUCCUGUACCUGGAGGAGACGGAAGGGAUUCCGGAUCAGAUGACGCUGAAAACCAUCUAUGAAAGAAUCUCAAAGAACAUUCCGACGACUAAGGACGUGGAGCCGCUGCUGGAGAUAGACGGGGACAUCAGGAACUUCGAGGUGUUCUUGGCUUCGCGGACGCCCGUGCUGGUGGCUCGAGACGUGAAGACCUUCCUGCCCUGCACCGUGAACCUGGACCCCAAGCUGCGGGAGAUCAUCGCCGAUGUCCGUGCCGCCAGAGAGCAGAUUAACAUCGGAGGCCUGGCGUAUCCCCCGCUGCCCUUACACGAAGCUGCCCCCAGGCCCGCGUCCGGCUACAGCCAGGCCCCGUCCGUCUGCUCCUCGUCCACCUCCUUCAACGGCCCCUUCGCAGCGGGGGUGGUGUCCCCACAGCCGCACAGCAGCUACUACAGCGGGAUGACGGGGCCCCAGCACCCCUUCUACAACAGGCCAUUCUUUGCCCCUUACCUUUACACGCCACGGUAUUACCCUGGCGGCUCCCAACAUCUCAUCUCACGUCCAACAGUAAAAUCGAAUUUGUCCAGAGAUCAGAGCAAUGGCCUAGAGGUUAUCAAGGAGGACGCUGCGGAGGGGCUCCCCUCGCCCACCGCCCCCCCGAGGGCGCAGCCUUGGACGGGACAGUCGCAGAUGCCGUGGCCGUGUGACUGUGGGUUUAACACGCAGAGACAGGGGCCGGGCCCCGCCCCCGGCGCAGGGUCGCUGAGCGCCAUGACCGUGGACGCCGUGUGCGAGCGGCUGAAGCAGAUCGAGGGGCUGGAGCCGAGCAUGCUGCCGCAGUACUGCGCCACCAUCCGCAAGGCCAACAUCAACGGGCGCGUGCUGGCGCAGUGCAACAUGGACGAGCUGAAGAAGGAGAUGAACAUGAACUUCGGAGACUGGCAUCUCUUUAGAAGCACAGUGCUGGACAUGAGGAGCGCGGAGCACCAGGUGGCCGCCGAGGACCUCCGCCUCCUCAACGAGAGCAACAGCGGCCCCGCCCCCCAGGGGGAGGCGGCGCGGAGGCCCCCCCACGAGCUGCCGCACACCGAGCUCUCGGGCCAGGCCCCCUACACCCUCAACUUCAGCUUCGAGGAGCUGAACACGCUGGGCCUGGACGAGGGCGCCCCGCGGCCCAGCAACCUGAGCUGGCAGUCGCAGACGCGCAGAACCCCCAGUCUCUCGAGCCUCAACUCCCAGGACUCCAGCAUUGAGAUCUCCAAGCUGACGGACAAGGUGCAGGCCGAGUACCGAGACGCCUAUAGGGAGUACAUUGCGCAGAUGUCGCAGUUAGAAGGGGGGCCGGGCUCCACGGCCGUCAGUGGCAGGUCCUCCCCCCACAGCACAUGCUACCUGGGGCCCAGCUCCUCGGGGGGCUCCAUCCACUCCGCCCUGGAGCCGGAGAAGAACAAGGACGGCGACCCGAAGCCGGAGGAUGGGAGGAAGCCGUUCCUGCUGAAGAGGGCCGACGUGCUCGAUUACUCCUCGUCCGGGGUCUCCACCAACGACGCCUCCCCCCUGGACCCCAUCACCGAAGAGGACGAGAAGUCCGACCAGUCCGCCAGCAAGCUCCUCCCGGGCAGGAAGUCCUCAGAGAGGCCCAGCCUCUUCCCGACGGACCUGAAGCUCAAGGGCGGGGGCCUGCGCUACCAGAAGCUGCCCAGCGACGAGGACGAGUCUGGCCCGGAAGAGUCCGACCACACGCCCCUGCUCCGUGACGACAAGGACAGGAAGGCCGAGGCCCGGGCGGAGAGGGCGCCCCGGUCCCCGGAGCGCAGCGCCGAGCCCAUCCGCACCUUCAUCAAGGCCAAGGAGUACCUGUCGGACGCCCUGCUCGACAAGAAGGACUCGUCCGACUCGGGCGUGCGCUCCAGCGAGAGCUCCCCCAACCACUCGCUGCACAACGAGGCGGGCGACGCCCGGCUGGAGAAGGCCAACCUCAUCGAGCUGGAGGAGGACGGCCCGGGCCGGCGGGGGCUGCCGCGCAGCCUGAGCGGCCUGCCGGACCCCGGCCUCGCCCGCAUGUCCAUCUGCUCCGAGGACAAGCAGAGCCCGUCCGAGUGCAGCCUGAUGGCCAGCAGCCCCGAGGAGGGCUGGCCCGCCUGCCCGAAGGCCUUCAACCUCAACCGCACGCCCAGCACCGUGACCCUCAACAACAACAGCGCCCCGGCCGGCCGGGCCAACCAGAGCCUGGACGAGAGGGAGGGGCCCCGGGACACGGCCCCGGUCCUCCUGCGGCCCAGCCCCAGCUCCACGGCCCUGCAGAACGAAAACCUGAGGAGCCUGGCGCCCAAGCGGGGCCCGCGGGCGAGCUACGCGCGGCUCUCCAAGGAGUCCUCCGAGCUCCUGGCCGUGGCCGCUGCGGACAGCACCGGCUUCGGGGAGGAGAGGGAAAGCAUCCUUUAGGGGGUCCCCCGCAGGAUGGCGCCACGAGGCGUGACAGCUGACCGGGUUGUAGGGCGAGGGCUCCCUCCCAUUCGCAUCCGUGACGCGAGGCCGUGGGGGAAGGACACACUCCGCACCACAGGAGGGGCCGCUGCCGGUCAGUCUGCCUCGUGGCCUUAGUAAUAGAAGCUUUCAGACUCACUGUUGUUACAACUUCCAUUGGCACAAACCCCAUAAAAAUGUUUGAGACGAUCUGAGUAUAAAGAUGGGUCGGGUAUCUUACCUGCAUGCAAAGGCUGUCAUUUGUCAGAGAAAAUAGCCCCUCGGGCCGCUGCCGUAGAACAUCCGCUCCCAGGUAUUGGAGGGGAGCUCGCUGUCAGAUGAACCCGAGCCCAGUUCGCUUUUAGGGGAAAAGAUAAGGAUUGACGGGCACGGAGGAGCCCAGAGACUGAGGGCAGAUGGAGAACUCGCGCAGCGACACCACCUGAGUAGUCAGGCUGCUUAUCAAAGUUUUUAACUUUAUGUGGAAAAUACAUGAUAAAAGGACUUCAGAACUGAUAACAAAGUGGGUCCAGAGCCCCAAAGUCGCCUCAGGAGCUGCGGUGUGGCCUGGAGGGCGGGGCGUGACCUCCGCCGACCUGGACGCUCUUCUCCAGUCUCAGACCGGCUUCCAGCACGGCCACCGGCCCGGGACCCUCCAGCCUGCCCUGUAGCGUUAAAUCGUGAGCCCAGGUCCCUCUGUGCCCGGGACCCUCCUGUCUGCCCUGUAGCGUUAAAUCGUGAGCCCAGACUCCCUCCGCCCCUAGCAGUGAGGAGGAACCUGACUUCUCGGGGGAUGGGAGCUCAGCAGUGCUCAGGGCUGAGAGGAGGAGGAGGUGGUGCGUCAGGGCAGUGACGUUUAGGCAGAACUCAGCCUGGCCUCCCGUUCCAGGGCAGAGCUGAGAAACUUCAUCUUCUAAAUCCGCAUGUUAAUGCUGGGGGAUCCUAAGAAGGAAGAAUGUUUUAAAAAGUUGAACAACAUACAAAGCAAGGGUGACAAGAGGGCGAAGCUGGUGAGGCUGUGGCCGGGCACGGCCGUGGGCAUUGGAGGUUCCAUGGCGGGAGGCCCCACCCAACCCCCCCCCACCCCCCCACCCCCCGCCAGCGCGGGGGUUUCUCACUCACGUAGAUGAAUUCUUGCAGGUCGCUGGUUGCGAGAAGGUAGAUGUGAUUGUAGGUGUGUGAUUACCUAGAUCUAGUGUCACAUUGUGAUGGUUUCACUUCACGACCUUCGUUCAUGUGCCGAAUAAAUUCUUAGCUUGACCAGUCAUUGUGCGACUAGUUGCUGUUUGGGGUCUCACCUCCCGAGGCUCAAGUGUCUAACUUUUUCUCGUUGGGGUUAUGCUGCUUGUGAUGCUCCCACUGUGGUAUUCAGUGCACGAAAAACUAGAAAAAUAAAGAAUCACAUGCUA